GCAGUCUGCAAAAUACUAUGAUUGUUCUCAGGGAGGGUAUUACAUACAGUUAAGAGUGUAACCUUUUAUAUGAGUGAGAGGGGAGCCUAAAAUGUCGUCAAGUGGCACUAUAAGUAACUACUAUGUGGAUUCUCUCAUAGGAAAUGAGAACGAAGAAGUCUACAGUGCUAGAUUCUCUCAGGGAGGUCACACAACGACCUCUAGGCCACCAGGUGUUGGAGAUACUUCGGAUUUUUCUUCCUGUAGCUUUGCGUCAAAAUCCAGCGUCUUCUCUGCGUCUUGGUCCACAGUGCACCCACAGCCUUCUACAGGAAUGACUGGUAUUUAUCAUCCCUAUAUGGGCCAGUCCCACCUAGCAACAGAAGGUAGCAGAUACACAGUGCGCUCCUGGCUGGAGCCAAUCUCCAGCACUGCGUCUUCCUUCUCUGGAUUUCACUCCAACGGACGCAACUACGGCAUCAAACCUGAAAGUGCACCUAAAAGGACCGAGUGCUCCUCUUUUGACUCCCAGUCCCAGGGUAUCAGUCUGCCAGAGUAUACAUGUAAUUCCUUUGCAGAAACCCCAGAAAAGCCUCCACCUAAAGAGCCUGCUGCCAGCGAGGAGGCAGAUAACACAGAUCUUAAAGAAGAGAAGCAGCAGCAGCAACAACCGCAGCAGCAGCAACAACAACAACUUGACCCAAAUAAUCCUGCAGCAAACUGGAUUCAUGCUCGAUCUACUAGGAAGAAGCGGUGUCCGUACACCAAGUACCAGACUCUCGAGCUAGAGAAGGAAUUCUUGUUUAAUAUGUACCUCACCCGAGACAGGCGCUACGAAGUAGCUAGAAUUUUGAACCUUACUGAAAGACAGGUCAAAAUCUGGUUUCAGAACAGGAGGAUGAAAAUGAAGAAAAUGAACAAGGAGAGAGGCAAUAAGGACCAAUAACAACAUGGGACACACACUGAAACCGCUAUGUACUAUUUUGAACUAUAUAUAUAUAUAUAUAUAUAUAUAUAUAUAUAUAUAGGAGAUGGACUGGAUGUAAAUGUAUUGUGUAAUUUGCAAACCUUGUCUGUCGUCAGUGCGCAUCUGAAGAUGCAUCAUUUUCUGAACUGGUUUUGUCUGAAAAAUAUUGUGAUUGCACGGUAGAUUUUACAGGUAGGUAUUGUUACAUGUUUAAGGCAUUUUAUGGGUCUGUAUAAAGUAAUGUAGUUACGUUAAUUAAGAUAACAGUAAGAAUUGUAGGUAGAGUCGCAUUGGUUGAAGUCAGCAAUCGGAAAGUGCUACUAAUAGCUUACUUACCACAUCAAUAUGACACAAUAAGUUUCAAUAUUGCAAAGUGAAGCAAUAUGCAUGUUAUGUGACACUAAUAUAUAUUAUUAGUGCAAAGAAAUAACCGAAUACAUAAUAGACUUGUUUUAGUUAAUAGGAAAGGCCUAGAAUUUAGUUAGCGGCCAACAAAUUAUUUUGCUAGAGCAUUCGUUUGUUAAACCCGUUUUAUUUUGCAAAACUGGACAAUUUUAUGCAAAUGUAAAAGAAAUAAUAUUCUGGGAGGGAAAUAAGCUUAAAUGAUCAAACCAAACUACUUGAACAUAGUUACUUCUAAGGCUAUUGCGCCAAUAAAAUCUUAAAACUCGUUUCAUGGAGAAAACAUGGUGAUCUAUUUAUGUUUUUUUUAUGUAAGCUUUAAGCACGUGUAGCAAUCAUAAAAUAUUGUGUUUGGGCUUCCAAACGAGAAGUCUGUGUAUGGAUUUAAACUGAAUUUUAUGUAAACACCGGUUUGUGUAAGAUUCUGGGAUACUGCACUGGCUGGUAUUGGCUGCCGAGUUUACAUAAUGUAUCCUAGAUUGUUUAAACUGGCAUUUUUCAACUGUGUUUUUUUUCUCUUUUCCUAUUAUCCAAAUGGUCUUCUCUUAAAUUAACCUUCAAUGCCAAGGACUGUUACAAGUCUGAUUCACCCAACUUGUAUUAGUUCGUUUCAGGACUGAGUGGAGAUUCCACUGUUUUUGUUUGUCUGUUUUUGACUUUCCUUCCACUUCCUCAAAUCCCACAACAUGAGGUCUGUAGGAAAAAGUUAUUAAAAUGCAAAAGGAACAGAAAGCACUACAUUAUCGAUGUAUGGAUAUAAUUUAUGUUUACAAUUGUUUGUUAGUGUACAUGUUUAUGUUUG